GCAAUGGCUGCCUCUAUGAUGGUUUCAUUUCUGUAGAUUUUUUAAUUGAUUUCUCGUUUUGAAUUUAAUAUAGCAUCAUGACAGACGUUGAAACACGCCCAGAAGAAGUAGGACAAAUACUGAUCAAGGUUCAGGAUGACCUACGUCAGCUACGUGAAAACCUGACAGCCGGAGAUGGGGCCUCUAUCAGCAUCGAGCAGCUCCAGUCAGCGCUUAGCAAGACGGAGCAAGGCCUCCAGCAUCGAGCAGAGCAGAUGCUUAGCCAGCUAAACAACCAGGUACAGACACUACCUAGUGCUGAUGCUAUCCAACCCCCAGGAUUUAUUGCCCUUGAAACAACAUGGGAUCUCCGAAAACAAACACAAGGACAACAGCGUGUACAGAUGAGCCAGGGCUAUGGUCCCAGGGAGCGUCUGCGUCAGCCCAACCCACCAGGUGCUGCGCCUCUUCUUCCACUGAGACGAGGGGAGGUGAUGCAACUACAGGGACUUUCUCCAGGACAACAGAGCAAGCAGUCCCUGGCCUUACGUGCAGUCUACAACCCUCACAGUCAGAGCAACCGCAAUGUCCUCAAUGACAACUUCGGCAUACAGCUGCCCCUCAUACCACAGAAGAGGGAGAAAAGGAAGUCUUCACAAAGAGCUCUCAACCUACCAGUGCCGGCCCCAAAGCCAGUCAUGGGAAGUACAAUAGAACCACUGGCUGUUCUUCCAAAGGCAAACAGGGUUGAUGCUCAGUUGGCUCCUCCCCCUAUCAGUGAAGACGAUGCCAGGAAGGGUAUAUUGAGCUUGAUAGAGAGGGGCCUGAUUCCUCCAGCUGCUCAGUUGACCCUCGAUCCCUCCCCGGUCAAACACCGCAUAGUGCCCCUGCAUGACCCUGAGGACAGGAAUAAACCACCUUGUACACCGGAGGUAGCACCAGCUUUGGCGGGCGUCAGACUGGACCUAGUUUCAAAGCCUUACGAGAGUCAACAGGAGACAAUGGCGAGAAUGCCGGUAAUCCCGCCCCACCCCCAGUCCAUUCCUUCCUACAGCCGAACCACCUCUGGAAAGUCUCGUGCUACCUCGGCUUCCAGUCAGAAGGCGAAAACACCGGCAACCAUGAAAACUUACGAAAUGCCUUUACAGCCUAUGAAGCCAGUUCACUCAGAUCUAGUACUUGCGCCUCCCCCGACAACUCCAGCAAGCGGAGACUUCAAGAUGAUCUCCCACAGAUUUGCAGUCCAGAACGGUCGUAUACGGGACACUACAUCAGAGUUCCUGUCAUUCAAGCAGCACUACUGUCUAACAUGGGGAAGCAUCGUGACCAUGUUGAGACAUGUGGAGAAGAUGCUGUCCAACUUCGCUGUACCAGUGGCCUUUAUCAACGGAGACAAGUUAGCUGAUCUUGCUGAAGAGUUUGAGCUAGAGAUAGUACCAAGCCUUGAUGAUCUGCUGUCCUGCAUUGUGAACAGAGAUGAUGUGGAAAAUAUCAUCUAUAAACCGGGACGCCGAUUCAAAGGACCAAAUGGUCGUAACAUUGCUUCCGCCAAGAUUCAGGCCACGUGGAAAAUGUAUCGAGAGAGAAGCACGUAUCUGGAAUACAGACGACGCAAAUGGGCAGCGGGUGUAAUUGCGAUCUCAUGGAUCAUGCACAUCAAGAUGGCGAAGGUUCGACAUCAGCUCAAACAAGUGCGACUUGACAAUCUGGAUGCCUUCAGAACCAGGGCAAAGAAAUUUGCUCGGUCAUGGGAUCGUAUCAAGAAAUCAAAGCGUGUGGUGAUCCACAUACCCUCACUGGGUCUGAAUCGGGAGAUACGGGACAGCAUACACGACUUUGGCAUCCGACAGAAUACACAGAUGGCCAGGCUCUGUGAUAUACGAGAUCCGAAUGUGGAUGUCAUUUUUAUCUCUCCUGUGCCUCUCAGUGAGGAGACCCUACAGUAUUACUCCAAGCUUCUCGGUCUUAAAUCAGCAAUCGAUUCUGGUAAUGUUGAAGACCAGGGCGAAUUUGCUGAAAGAUACAAGAUAAUUGUUCCUGAAGCUAUCAAGAGCUUCCCGACCCACAGAAUGUGCCUUUCAACACUGCUGAAGUACAGCCCACAGACAAUGCUACGCAUUAAGAACCUGAUCAGGGGACGCGAGGCAUACAUGAUGACGAAUGUCCCACAUGUAGAUGACCUAGAUAUAGCCAACUACCUUGAGGUGCCGAUUUUUGCCCCCGAACCCGAGGUGGCGCAUCUGUACUCGACAAAGUCUGGCUGUAAGAGGAUAUUCGCCAGUGCAAAGGUGGACAUGCCGCCUAGUGAAUAUGACAUCUACAGUCUUGGCCUGCUCCAUGAGUCGAUGGCCCAACUGGUUACAGAGAACCUCCUGGUUAAACGCUGGCUGUUCAAGCUGGACGAUGAGUUUGAUGGAAGGGGUAUUGCAUACUGCGACAUCACGGAGCACCUGAAAUGUUACCGCUGGGCGCUCAAGGAACAGAAACGCUACGGGGACAAAUGGAGCAAGAAGUGGGCUCAGGAGCCAGUAUUUAUCAAGAUCCUGUCAGAGAUCGGGGAACUGCUAGAGGAGCACAGCACCCCUGUUAACACCAAGGUGUACUCAACAUGGGAUAAAUUCCUCACCUCCUUCCUCAGCAAAGGAGGAAUCAUAGAAGCCUGCCCACCAUCGGACAGCAUAACCACGUUGACAGUCGACAUGUUGAUAGAACCCAACGGCACAAGCAGUAUCAUCAGCUGCGGUGACCAGAUUCACGCAGAUACUCCGUUCUCCUGUUGGGGCGUGUCUGUUCCACAAGCGUCUGUGGAGCCAGAGCUUCUGAACAAAUGUUGCUUCAGGAUCGCAGAUGCGUGCAAGUCUAGAGGAAUUAUGGGAUACUUUGCUGUGGACUUUGUGACUUUCAUAGACCCACAUACGAUGGAGCAGCAGCUCUGGGCCUUAGACAUCAGUCUUCAGUACAGCGAUAGCCUCGCUAUGUUCCAGCUUAUGUCGUUUGUCAGUAACGGCACACUGAACACGCGGACACAUGUGUUUGAUGUGCCUCCUCCAAAACAGGAAGCCAAGAAGAGACGACGAAGAUUACAUGGAACUGAUGAAGAUCAACCUCUGAACACAAAUCGUUUCGGUGUGAUGAGCACUCGGCUGUUACAUACAAAUCUGUCUGUGGUUCACUACAGCGUCUUCUUCCAGAUGUGUCGAGCACAUGGCAUAGGAUAUGACAUCAAGGAAAAACAGGGAACUGUAUUUACACUAAUUGACAGUUUCAACCGAGAAAAGCUUGGAAUGCUGACGGUGGGCGAGACUCUACAAGGUGCACUGGCAAGUUUCGCCCGUAACCUGUCUGUGAUCCAUCAAGAAAUCUCAGCCCCGAACAUGCAGGGCGAAACCAACUUCCAACGUGCAAUAGGUGACAUCGAGGGCAUCCUGGGGACCACUAUACAAAAUGCCGACGAGGAAGAGACGGAUGAUACACCGGAACCAAAAUAAACGGAAUUUAGAGCAUGUUAAGGUUUCUCUGCUAAAUUAAAAAUAUUUUGUACAUUGCAAGAGCAAAAAAAAUAAUAGAAAUAAAUGCUAUAGCGUUAGUGGGGUAGUUCUGCUGCAUUUUCUAUAGUUGUUUGAACCAAAACUUUCCUAUAGAGGUAUCUCUGCUGAUGUCUUUUGUAAUAGUGUUAAAGUCUGUGAUAAACAAUUUUGUUACUAUUUUUUCCUAUUAAAAAUUGUAUAUUUUUCUUUGCUCCUGUUAAUGCCUGAACCUUUACAUUUUGAGUCGUGAUAUUUAUGAUAGUGUAUUGACUUGUUAUAUAUAUUACAAUUGACUGUGUCGGCCCAUGUUUGUAAUAGAGUGUGUUACAUUAUGAUGGACUUGGUUGCAUUGUAAUAGACUGUGUAACAGUAGGAUACAUGUGUUUAUAACAUUGUGAUCUUCUGUGUUUCAUUGUAACAGACUGUGUUACAUUGGAACAGACUGUGUUACAUUGCAACAGACUGUGUUACAUUGUAAUAAACUGUGUUACAUUGUAAUAGACUGUGUUAUAUUGUAAUAGACUGUGUAACAUUAGGAUACAUGUAAUUAUUACAUUGUGAUCUACUGUGUUUCAUUGUAACAGACUGUGUUACAUUGCAACAGACUGUGUUACAUUGCAAUAGACUAACAUUGUAAAAACUGUUUUACUUUGCUACAUUGUAAUAGACUGUGUUACAUUGUGAUAUAUUGUGUUUAUUACUUUAUUGCAAUGUGACAUUGUAACAGAUCAUUAAAUUGUGAUAUAUUUGGAACAUUGUGAUAGACUGUGCUUCAUUGCGAUGGACUGUGCUUCAUUGUAAGCGAGUGUGUUACAUUGUAAUGGGUGUGUUACAUUUAUAUGAUAUAUUGUGAUAGACUUUGUUACAUUGUAAACUAGUUAGUUACAUUAUAACAGAUGAGUUACAAUGUGAUAGUUUGUGUUACAAUGUGAUAGUUUGUGUAACAUUGCGCUAGUCUGUGUAACAUUGUGAUAGACUGUUUUUCAUUGUAACAUAUGUAACAUGCUACCUUUUAAGAGAAUAUUGUACAUUAUUACAGAUGUGUCACAUGUAAUGUUCCUUGUUUGAGGUAUUGAAGGAUUAUGGUCUGAUUUUUGCUUGUAAUUAGAUAUAUCUAAACCGCCUUCGUUAAGAUGCAUUUUUGCAAUGACUUUUUAUUGCCUUUUUUCAGCAACUUGAUACGAUGUUCAUCUGGCGUAUUGGAAUUUCAUUCACAUACUUUCAUUUUAUGCCUUGUUAAUGAUAUUAAUUUGGUGUAAUAGAUUUCAUAGAUAUGUAUGCCUUUUUCAUUUAUUUCAUUAAUGUAGUAAUCACUGAAUCAUUCAGGGAAGAGAAUUGCAUUUCAAAAUACUGCCAUUUUAAGGUUCACGCUCUUAAGUUCUAACAUUCACUAAAAAAAUAUAUUAGUUUAGCUUUAUGUAUUCAAGAUUGAUGCAGAAAUAUAUAUUAUAUUCACUGCUGAACAAUCACAAUUAAUCAAAUUUUCUUAUAUUUAGCAAAAAGUAAUUUAGUAUUUUUAUUCGACCAAUUAACAUUCCAACAGUAUUCCAAGAAAUGCAUUUACCUGUAUUUUUUUCUGUGAUAACUCAUAAUCAAUUUCCGUCCAACUCUGUAAAGGGACUAGACACCAGAUGAUACAAUUGCAAGAAAAUGAGAAAAUUGAUACCCUUGAGUACAACCCAUUGAAUCUUACUUACUAUCACAUAGCUUACAACACAAGUAUCCUUCACAGAUUUUGUGUAUUUUUCAAAUUUAAAAUUUACUUGCUUUGUCUACCAUGUAAAUACCAGUAAAUUUAAAAAAUAAUGUCAGAAUAUGUAUCUGUACUAAUCACAUGACUAAAUAUUCACAUUUUAAACUGGAAAUCCUUAUGCACUAUUUUUAAACAUGUAAACUCAAUUGAGACAGCAACAAAAUAUUCUUUUAAUCAUGUAAGUGUUGUAUUAUUGGCCUCAUACAAGCUGGUAUUGAUAGUUCUAGGCUUGUUUAAAAAAAAAUAUACUGUAUUUGCCUAUUUUGGGACCAUCUGGUGUAUAGUCCCUUGAAUGCUCAAGUACUUAAACAUUCAAGCACUAACAAAAUUUAACAUGGUGGUGUUAUUUAUUCUUUGAUGCAUACUUGAAAUUAUUUCAUUGUAUUACAAAAUGCUUUCAAUGUUAUACUUAACAUAUUUCGUUUGUGUUUUUUUUUGUCAAAACCUCAUAAGAAAUUGAGAGAAGCUUGCCAAUUUUAAGGCACUAACAUAUCAAGCUUGCCAGAACUACUUACAAUAAAACUGUUAGUUUUUCUUAUUUGAUCAAAAUACCUUUGUUGAAUGAUUGGUCUUAUAUUUUAAGAUGGUCUGGGUUGUUAUUAGACAUCAUGAUAAAUUCACUUGUAAGAUUGUUGAUUUUUUCAACACUGUUCUUGUUGACAUGACUUGUUUUGAUGUAAUGUUAAUGAUGGAAAUUAAAAGGUAAAUAGAUA